GCUUCCCGGCUCCUGGGCAGUGGGGAAGCCCCCGGGGGCGGGUGACCUCAGCUGGCCACGACCCAGCCCUCCCCCGAGCGUAUCUCGCUUAAGAUGGCAGCGGAGUCAGGGGAACUAAUCGGGGCUUGCGAGUUCAUGAAAGAUCGAUUAUAUUUUGCUACUUUAAGGAAUAGACCAAAAAGCACAGUAAAUACCCACUAUUUCUCCAUCGAUGAGGAGCUGGUCUAUGAAAAUUUCUAUGCAGAUUUUGGGCCUCUGAACUUGGCAAUGGUGUACAGAUACUGCUGUAAACUGAACAAGAAACUAAAAUCAUACAGCUUAUCGAGAAAGAAAAUAGUGCACUACACCUGUUUUGACCAACGGAAAAGAGCAAACGCAGCAUUUUUGAUAGGUGCUUAUGCUGUGAUCUAUUUAAAGAAGACACCUGAAGAAGCCUACAGAGCACUGCUGUCUGGCUCAAAUCCCCCCUAUCUUCCAUUCAGGGAUGCUUCCUUUGGAAAUUGCACUUACAAUCUCACCAUCCUCGACUGUUUACAGGGAAUCAGAAAGGGAUUACAACAUGGAUUUUUUGACUUUGAGACAUUUGAUGUGGAGGAAUAUGAACAUUAUGAGCGAGUUGAAAAUGGUGACUUCAACUGGAUUGUUCCAGGAAAAUUUUUAGCAUUUAGUGGACCACAUCCUAAAAGCAAAAUUGAAAAUGGUUACCCUCUUCAUGCUCCUGAAGCCUACUUCCCUUAUUUCAAAAAGCAUAACGUAACUGCAGUUGUGAGGCUGAACAAAAAGAUUUAUGAGGCGAAGCGCUUCACAGACGCUGGCUUCGAGCACUAUGACCUCUUCUUCAUAGACGGCAGCACACCCAGCGACAACAUCGUGAGAAGGUUCCUGAACAUCUGUGAGAACACGGAAGGAGCGAUUGCGGUUCACUGCAAAGCUGGCCUUGGAAGGACAGGGACAUUGAUAGCCUGUUAUGUAAUGAAGCACUACAGGUUUACACACGCUGAAAUCAUCGCUUGGAUAAGAAUUUGCCGGCCAGGUUCCAUUAUUGGGCCCCAGCAGCACUUCCUGGAAGAAAAACAAGCAUCAUUGUGGGUACAAGGAGACAUUUUCCGAUCCAAACUGAAAAAUAGACCAUCCAGUGAAGGAAGUAUUAAUAAAAUUCUUUCUAGCUUGGAUGAUAUGUCUAUUAGUGGAAGCUUAUCAAAAAUACAAAACAUGGAAAGAUUUGGAGAGAAUAAUUUAGAAGAGGAUGAAGAUGUGGAAAUGAAAAAUAAUAUAACCCAGGGAGACAAACUACGUGCCUUAAAAAGUCAGAGACAGCCACGCUCCUCACCGACCUGUGCAUUUAGGUCUGAUGAUGCAAAAGGGCUCCCGAGAGCAGUAGUGUCCCAGCCUUUCAGAUUAAGUUCUUCCCCACAAGGAUCUGUGUCUACUUUGAAGUCUUCAAAAGUGGCUUUGGCCCCUUCAGCAACGGCCAAAAGGAUAAGCAGAGGUUCAUCUUCAGGCACCAGUGUGAGAAGCUUUUCUAUAAACUCCCGGCUAGCCAGUUCUCUAGGAAGCUUGAAUGCUGCAACAGAUGAUCCCGAGAACAAAAAGACCUCCUCAUCCUCUAAGGCAGGUUUCACAGCCAGCCCGUUCACCAACCUCUUGAAUGGCACCUCCCAGCCACCUGCCAGAAAUUACCCUGAGCUCAACAAUAACCAGUACAACAGAAGCAACAGCAGCAGCAGCAGCAGUGGGGGCAACCUCAACAGCCACCUGGGCCCCCACAGCGCCAAGACCGAGGAGCAUGCCACCAUCCUCCGGCCCACCUACACCGGGCUUUCUUCCUCUUCAGCGAGAUUCUUGAGCCGUUCUAUCCCUUCCCUUCAGUCUGAAUAUGUUCAUUACUAAGGCCUUGCCACUCGGUGGAAGCUGUUCCUUCUUAGACAUCUGGACAAGCCAUUCGGAGGAGGGCACCAGCUUGCUGGAAGGAUUUCUCUGCCUUCUUACCUUAAAUUAGAGAGAGCACUAAGAUAACACCUUCAAGAGACUUGAAACCAGACAGCUGGUUAAUGACUACUGUAAAUGCACUGAAACUAUGUUUAUGGAGAUUUCAACACUUUUUAUGACAGUUUUAAUGUUGAAUUUGGUAUUUUGAAAGUUAUUUUUAAUGUAUUUCAGUAAUACGUUUGUUAUUACAUUUACAUGUACAGUGUUACAUUAUGUAUGUAUUGUGAACUUCAAAAGACUAUUUUGAUAAAUUUAUAAAUAUAUGAAAUUUAUGUAAAAACUAGACUAUAUUUUGAUUUAGAUUUUCCUGUUGUUUGCUACCAAAAAUUUGUAUUUUAAACUUAUUUAGUUUUAGUAUGGCCUUUGUCUUUAAUAGUUCCUCUUUAUUAAGAAAAUGAAAGGGAGAAAGUUUUUAGGAAGUGGUUUUUAUGUUCCCACUGUGAAUAUGACAGAUCAGUGUGUUCUUUGGGGAUGUCAGUCUAAUUUAAAGAAUUCCUCCAAGUUUACUUCUACCAAGAGUAGACUUGUUUGAUAUAGUUUAUUUAGGACAAAACCCUUCUCCGUCAUUUUUGUUUCUUGAACCAUUGAAAUUAGCUUUGUAUCCUUGGAAACUUAAACAAAACAAAAAAAAACUUACAUCCAAGUGAAGAUUUUAGAGUCUCCUGGUUGUUUCUCCUGAAAGCCUGCUUUUUCUCUAUGAAAUGACUGAACAUUCCAAUUGCUUUUCUUUUUUUUCUCCUCUCAAAAGAGUGCUUUAAAAAAAUGCCUUAAACCAUUUAUUUUUGCCUCUGUUUUCUCUUUUGUACAUAUGCAGAAGAAGGAUACAUAUUUUAAAAUCCACAUCUAAGGUCUCUGAUCACUCUGCCUCUUAUCAUACAAUGAUUUUAACAACCGAAAAGCACUUCAAAAGAGUUAUUAACUCUAUUAGAAUAUUCUGCUUUUGGUACGAGGUGGUUGUUGCCUGACACCAGUUUAAAUUAAUGAGGGAAAACCUGAAAAAGAUGCUGCUAAGUAGUUCUUUAUAUCCGGGAGUUAUUUUUCAAACGAACAGAGUACAACUCCCUGACACACACGCAGGUGUAUCUGGAACUAAGAUGAAAAUGAAAGGACCCUCUUAUGGGUACUCAUAGCCCUUUCAUGUGAGUCUAAUCUUUUAUUUAGGUCUCCAGAAUCCUGUUGGCUUCAUUUCCAGGGAGCUGGAGGGCCUUACAUCUGGGUCUCUUCUGGCUGCUUAAGAAUGGACUCAUGCCCACCCUGCAAGUGCUGGGUUAGGGGAUUCAUGUGUAGGGCUUGACUCUGAGCAGUUGAGUUAUUUAUAAUGUAUUUAUUAGGAAGGGGUACCUUGAGACUAUUAUUAUGUGCUUCAGCAAGACAUCUUGUUCAUGUUUUAUGCUUUUAAAUAGACGUUUGAAUGAAUGUUUGACUCAGGUUUGUUAAAAUAACCUUCAAUAACUGCAGUACCAAAAAGUUGCGCUCAAUUGAUGAAAAAAAACAACAAAAAAAAAUGAAUUGUAUGUUUUAGGAGUCAAAACUUAAAACAAGUGGAAUUCAAUGGUAUAUAUUUUUUCUAAAGCUGAAAAAGUAUUUUAUUAAGAGUUAUUGUAAAAAAGAUUGGUUACUUAUAUAGGAAGAUGAUUGUAUUUUUUCAAAUGAUCAUUGAAAAGUAAUUCAGAUGAUGUUUGUGAUGUGUAGGGGAAAGGGAACCAUAUUGAUGUUUUUAGUUCUGUGAACACUAAUUUGUGUGCAGCUAUUAAAAUGAUUGUAAAGUUGACUACUGUAAAAUUUCCAUAAUUAUGUGUGUACAUAAAUUAUAUGUAUUUACAUGUGUAUGUCUUAAAAUUAUUUGUACACAUGUGCUUACAUAGAUACACCAAGAAGGGGAUGUAUAUAAUAUAGAAAGUAUAUAGCAAAGUAAUUCUACUCCAGUAAUAAAAAUUGUUUGACAUGUAUUUUGUUAUGAAUAGUUUAUCUUCCAAAAUAUAUUUUGUUCUAUUUUAAAGUAUAGACGAAUACACUGCUAAUAAAUAAUAAAAGUCUUAUGAAAUUUG